AUGUGGUUUAACUAUUCUCUAAUCAUCGACGAUGAUCUUUUACCAAACAAUCCACAUUUUUGGGAUCGACCAACACCUAUCAAUUGUGAUAUCGUUCGUGUCGUUGGCAUAUUCCUAUGUGUAGCCGCAUUUGUUGGAGUUGUGUUGAAUGGACUACUGAUAUACAGCUUUAUUCGAUAUAAACCGAUUCGUUCCUCUUCCAAUGUACAUGUCCUUUUCAUUGCAAUUAUGGGCUUAAUUGCAUCAUGUACAAUUUUACCAAUGACUGGUACGUCAUCGAUCUAUUGUAAAUGGUUAUAUGCACGUGCUGGUUGUCAAUUCAGUUCAGUUAUUGCGUUUGUAUACGGAUGUUCAAGUUGCUAUCUACUCUGUGUUGUUAGCGUCAGCCGAUGUUAUAUUGUUAUACGACCCUUUUGCGCGAGUAACGUGACAAUUGAGAGAUCGGCUCUUGUCUCCUGUUUUGCUAUAGGCAUUGCUUUCAUUUGGUCGAUGUUACCAGUUCUGGGCUGGAACGAAUACACUAUGGAGGGGGCUCGUACAUCAUGCUGUAUAAACUGGUAUGACCGGCGACUUUCCUACGUUUCGUUUACGUACUUUCUAUUCAUAUUUGUAUACGCUAUUCCGCUUAUAAUCCUUUUCAUUUCGAAUUCUAUCACAUUAAUUGGUUUGAAAACGAUGCGUGACAAAAUUGAACAAGGAGUUAGCACUAUACUCAGUCGAAAACGUAUUCAGAUGGAACGACGAAUAGCUAAGAAUAUUAUCAUUACUACAUGUGGUUUUAUUUUUACAUGGACACCAUACGCUAUUACUCUGUUUGUGUCGGCAUUUCAAGGCAAAGAUUUUGCUAUGCCACCAUUAGCAACAUUUUUGUGUGCUUGUUUUGCGAAAUCAUCGGUCAUAUGGAUUCCAUUACUUCACAUAGGUACCUCAACUCAAUACACAUUUACUUUUGUGAAUGUGACUGCAUUGAAUAGUCAACCAGAAUCAAAUCAAAUGGAACCCGAAAAACAACACGAUCUUCUUGUCGUACAUAACAAAGAUGGAUCGAUUCAUAUUCGUGCAGUUGACAAACUUUCUGUGAAAAGAAAAACUCGUCUAACAAACACGAAUUCUCAAGUGCAUUGA